UUAAUCAACGGACCGGAGACGCGUCAAAUCGCUGUCAACUCUCAACGGCUGUGAUUGAAAACCUUGUUUUACCACUAACUGAUUUUCUUUACGAGUACCAGGAGUACCGUUUAUAAUACGUACAGAAGUUGGAGUUACGUUUCAAGACAUUUUAAAACUUGAGAAUAUUCCAGCACACGGAAACGCCUGGGGUUUAUCGAGUUACCUCAGACUUGUGUGAGGUAAAACAUCUUAGCUACUUUGCUAACAAAUUAAUCCAACACUGGAUACAAUUACUUUCGGUACAUCCUGCUGUUCGGGACAACAAACAAAACAGAACAAACAAACAAACAACCAGGACGGAUAUUUCUAAAAAGUUUUUGAUUCGGUUCUUAAUACUUUUUUUUUUUUGAGUCGGUUCUUGAUACAUUUUUUGAAUCGGCUCUUGAUGCAUUUUUUGAGUCGGCUCUUGAUGCAUUUUUUGAGUCGGUUCAUCUGCUUCACUGUUACUAAAACUCCACAUCUCAUGAGCGAGUAAAGAUUUUUUCAGAUUUUUUUUUUUUUUUUUUUUUUGGAGCUGGAUGCAGAUAUGAGUUUUCUCCGGUACUCAGGACCUUCAUACACGCUGAUUAUAUUGAUUUUGCUCAUGCAUGUGCUUUCAAGUGCUUCAGGAAAACGACACCUGGUCUACUGGAACUCCACCAACACCAGGUUAACCAGUGAUGACUUCUCAGUCGAGGUAAAUCUGAACGAUUACCUGGACAUCCUGUGCCCUUACUACCCAUCCGGCCCUCCUGAGCAGGGACCUCCAGAGACGCUGGCGCUCUAUCUGGUAACGGGGCAUAAGUUUCAGGGUUGCCGUGAGACCGAAGGGGCCAUAAAGAGGUGGGAGUGCAACUCUCCAUACUCAGCCUACGGCCCUGUCCGAUUCUCGGAGAAGAUCCAACGCUUCACACCCUUCUCUCUGGGCUUCGAGUUUCUUCCUGGACACCACUAUUACUACAGCUCCCUGUCUAUGGAUGAUGGACCCCCCCUUCCAUGCAUGAAGCUCAAAGUCACUGUGUCCACUACAACGACUGGGAAAAAGGAACAAGGACAAGGAACUCCAGCUCCUCACAGUUUUGCCCAAUCAAGAAGAACUAGUGCAGUGUCUGUCCUCGCUCUCACCUCCUUUUCUCUUUUUUGUUUUUUAUGAUAAUUGGAAGAUUCGACCCAGCUAAUAGCUAUGACAUGCCAACAGGUCAUGUGGGAUCAUUCCCCUGUCUGUAUCUAAGCACACACACGUUCACACACUCAUUCAGCUCACUUGCCUUGCUGUCAUGUAUUCGGAGUGGCACUAAUCUCUCUCCCUCCAUUUCCUCUCUCUCUCUCUCUCUCUCUCUUGCUGUCCACUCUGUGCCGCUUCAUUCUACAAGCGACUGGCACUAAUCUACCUUCAAAGACCUCUUCCUGCUGCUCUUCUUUUGCGUAAUCCUUUCUUCAUUUAAAAAAAAAAAACACACACACACAGCUGCCACCGCAUCCCUCCCUCCCUCUUCUUUUUCCCCUCCAACCGCAGAUUUUCUCUUACUGUACACUACUACUGAACUGAGCCAAAGUGGAGAAGACGAGGAGAGCGGUGGACGUCCCUGUAGCACCUGUGCUGCUAAGAAAAAGUGCAGGGACACGGCGCAAGCAGUAAAGCUCUCAGCUCAUUCAUCAGCUCUCAGGAUCACAGGAGAAGACUUUAUUUCACCUGCUUUCCACCACGGACGAACUGGAGCCAAAGCAAAACACUCUUACACUCAAACAUUUAACACAUUAAACACCAGAAAAAUCUGAGAAACAGACGUGUGCCGUUUUCAUUUAGAACACACACGGGAGGAAACGAAGCUCGAUCCAAGCUUUAGACACUCAUUUGACUAACAGGAAGACGAUUUACAGCUUCCUGUCCAGGCUUAGCCGGAAAUGAUGACCGACCGCGGCGCGUUGUUCUCGUCUCAGCAACGGUGUACUUGAUUGGACGGUUUAUUUCACAGCAUCACUAACGUCAGGAAACGAUUGGUCCGUUCACGUCACCGCUCCUUUCGCGAGAUGAAGAUGAUUGGACAGUUUCCUGAGCAUGUAAUUCAAAUGAUUACAUUUAGUUUGUUAUUAUUUUUUUUUAUUUCAUUUUGUUUUGUUCUAUCUUCAUUCAAAGAAUUGUGUACUGGCACCAAUUCAUUUACUAUACAGAUAUCAAAUCCGUUGGGUUUUUUUCUUUACAUUUUGUAUGGGAGAAUGUUGAAUAUUUUCAGGGUGUUUUUUUUAUUUUUUUAUUUUUAUUAUUCAUUACAAAGUGAAGUCCGAACAUUUUGUAUGCUCAGAUUCUGCAGAAAUAAUACAAGACCUGCAGUGAUUUUUUUUUGUAUUGGAAAUAUUACUUUUAUUGAAAAGUAACAAAUUCUAUUUAAAUUCACUUUAAAAAUGUUUCUGUUUGAAAAUUCUAAAUCUUAUGAAAUUAUACAAACUAAAUAUGUUUGGUCUUCUUUUUUUUUUUACUCAUUGUAUGAAAUGCAAUUGAAGCGAAGGUGCCAGUGCAAAAAAAAUAAAAAAUCAAAUCAAUUCUGAUUUGUGAAUUGAAUUGUGUAAAACAGUUUACACAGAAAAUAACGUGUGCUGGAUUCCGCAUAAUUUAGGGACUUUGUCUCUUUUUGUUCCUCUGUAUAAUUUGUGUUGUUUUUCACAUUUUAGUGAAGAGUUUGGUGUCUUCUGUGAAGAAUUACAGGUUUAACCCUUUUUUUUUGUACUGUGAAAUAAAUGUUGCUGAGUAAA